AUGGCGCCAAACUCAAAACUCAACGCAAAAAGGAAAGCGGCAAGAGAGCCUUUGAAAGUGAAAUUGCCAAAGCCAAAAGAGGAGAAGCCGGUUGUUGCGUCACCAAUCCCUCUGGAACUGCAGCAACUUCUCUUGAACAUCUUUCGGAGCACAUUCGCGGAGCGAUUUGAGACAGAUAUCAACCCGCUACUACAGGAAGUAAAGGGACAUCUUUACAAUCGCGAUUUUGCGACUGCAUUUGGUAGUCAGAGAUAUCUGGAAGCCUAUGCGGCGAGAUGGAGUCCAAGUCGCGCGUUGGGAUACGCAGAAGUGUUCUGGGACAUCAAGGAGUAUUUGAGGCCUUCUGAUGAGGAUUCAGAGAAUGAAAACUCGGAUAAGAGUUGGAAGGUUGUUUGUCUUGGGGGUGGCGCUGGUGCGGAGAUCGUAGCGCUGGCGGGCGUUCAAAAGAUGUUAUCUGCUGCACGAGACGAAGUCAAAGCAUCAGGAGAACCGAAAAUCAACAUUACCGCAAUCGACGUUGCGGACUGGAGUACUGUCGUGAAGAAUUUAGCGGCGCAACUGGAAACCACGCCAACGCUUUCAAAAUACGCCUCUGCUAUUGCAAAGGCUGCGAAUGCCCCGCUCCUUGCCCCGGGGAGUCUCGAGGUCACAUUUGACAAACAUGACGUCCUUGCGCCAGAAUCAUCGGAUCUUUCUUCGUACCUCAAGAGUGCAAGUCUUGUGACACUGAUGUUCACCCUCAACGAAUUGUACACGGCAUCUUUACCGCUUAGCCAGAAGUUCCUCCUCGAUUUGACGGCAGCCAUGACACCGGGAAGUCUGCUUUUGGUUGUUGACAGUCCUGGUAGCUACUCAUUGCUUACUCUCAACGGCGCGGAGAAGCAGUAUCCUAUGCAGUGGCUACUAGAUCACACUCUACUCAAGCAAGCCAAUGGGAAUCAGAAAGUCAGAGGCGAAGAGGAGGUCCCAAGAUGGGAGAAGCUGCAAGAAGACGAGAGUAAAUGGUUCAGGAUGGACGAAGGAUUGAAAUAUCCCAUCGAGUUGGAGAAUAUGCGAAUGCAGUUACACUUGUAUCGGCGAAUCUGA